AUGCCGAAGGAUGACGACCACUGGCACCUAGCAGGGACCCAGACCGCACUCCUCCUUCCUGGGGUCGGUGCUUCUUUUGCGCUGCAGCAGAUCUCGAUCCCGCAAGCAGGUCCUGGCGAGGUUCUUGUCAAGAACUACGCUGCGGGACUCAAUCCGAUUGACUACAAGACUCAAGAGAGCGGAUUUUACGUCGUGCGCGAAUACCCUGCCAUUCUCGGCUUUGAGGGUGCAGGUGUUGUCUCCGCCAUUGGUGAAGGCGUUAUACAUCUCAAGGAGGGUGAUCGGGUUGCAUACCAGGGGGUCGCUACCAACAAAGGACGUUCCUUCCAGCAGUGGGUUGUCACAUCGGCUGACUGGGUAUUCAAACUUCCCAAUUCUAUUUCCUUCGACACCGCAGCAGCGAUCCCCAUCGCGCUACUCGCUGCCGUUAUCGGCACGUACCAGCCACCACCUCACGGUCUCGGCGUAGCCACUCCAUGGUCUUCCACCGGGCGUAGUGCCCAUUCUGGGUCCCCCAUCGUCGUCCUCGGCGGAACAUCCAACGUCGGCCAAUACGCAAUUCAGCUUGCUCGCCUCGCCGGUUUCGACGCUAUCAUCACCACUGCCUCUCCUCGCAAUUCCUCCCUUCUCCAGCGGCUCGGCGCGACGCACGUGCUCGACCGUUCUCUCUCCAUCGAGGCGUUAGUCCAAGAAGUCGAGAAGAUCACCGGCAACAAGAAAGUCUUGCACGUAUUCGACGCAGUCGGUAUCGCGGAGACGCAGCAGGCCGCGCUCUCGAUCGUAGCUGAGGGUGGGAAAGUUCUCACCACGAAUGCGCCGCAAGGUAAGGCACCAGAGGGCUCUGACAAACAAGUCGUGUUCGUCAUGGGUGCGCUUAUGGUGCCGCAGCAUCAAGCAUUUGGCAAGGAAUUCCUGAGCGUUUGGGCGUCGCUUUUCGAAAGCGGCGACAUUAAAGCUAGCGCUGUCGAGAUUGUCCCGGGCGGUCUCAAUGGCGUUGAAACGACGCUGAAGCAACUCAAAACAAUUAGCGGGAAGAAAUUUGUCGUACGUCCUUUUGAGACGGAUGUGUAA